CCACAGCCUUUACUCUUUUGUCUUCAAUUAACAAUGAGCCGUCCUCUAAAAGAACGCGUUGCUAAGAUCACAUCUCUAAAAGAUGUCGAAAAACAAUUUAGCCUCAUACCCAAGCUUUUUAAAGAAAAAGAAAAUGAUUCUAAUUGGGAAGGAAGACUUGAAGUCUUAAAAAAUUUGCGUGAAAUCCUCCGUUGCUCAGAACUCCUUUCUGAGCAUAAGGAGGAUAUUAGCGCCGGCCUCUGUAAAGAGUUGCCAGGCCUGGUUAACGGCAUUCAUAGCCUCCGAAGCUCGGUGGGUGUAGAGGCCCUGGCUUUCCUGACCGACCUUGGUCAAAAGCUGGGGCACACCCUUGAUCAACGUGCCGUCGUUGUUAUCGCUGACGCGAUGCUAAAGUGCAGCGUCAGCACAAAGAAAUUAACAAUGCUGAAGCUUGCUGAGGCAUCUGGAGAAUUUUAUAAAAACACCAGCUUCCACCUCUCUGUGCUUCUCAAGUUAUGUAGAACAAGGUCCGAUAAAAAUGUACAGCUUCGCCAAUAUGCAUGUAAGAAUAUCACAAUCAUCUUGGAAACACAUGCAUCCAAAGAACAUGUCAAAAAAAUCAUCGAUACGAGCACUGGACUCUCCUCCAUCGAAGCAUUCUUGAAAACCGGUCUUUCGGAUGCUUCGCCUACUGUAAGAGAAUCUUGUAGAGCGUUAUUUAAGACAUAUAAUCAGUUAUGGCCUGACAACGCUGGCAUAUUUUGUCAAUCAUUGGACUCAGCAACUCAAAAGCAGUUACAAAAGACGGUCCCAGUUCUGCGAUUUGUUAAAGCAUCCACCGCGUCACCAAAGACACGAACUGGAUCUCAAACGCCCUCGCCCACCACCUCCAAAGUACUCUUAAAACCCAAGACACCCUCACCCACCGCCUCUAAAGUACUUUUAAAACACAAGACACCCUCGCCUAUUACCUCCAAAGAGAAUAGACCCCGUCCCAAGACACCAUCACCCACCGCGUCUCAUCUGCUCGCAAAUCCAAAGACACCCUCAUCCACUACUUCCAAGGUGAUUUUAAAACCCAAGGUGCCCCCAUCAGCCACCUCUAAACGAAUUAUACUUCGUCCCAAGACACCAUCACCCACCACGUCCAACCUGCUUCCAAAAGCAAAGACACCCUCACCUACCACUUCGAAGCUGCUCCUGAAACGCAGGACACCCUCGCCAAUUUUAUCACGAGCAGCCAUGAAACCAACUGUAGCGAUUAAAGCAGCUAAAGCAGCUAAAGAGGCUAAAGAGGCUAAAGAGGCGAAAGAGGCGAAAGAGGCGAAAGCGGUGAAAGCAGCUAAAGCGGCCAAAGAAAUGAACAAGUCUGCCGAGGAAGCGUCUCUUUUGCUUGGGAUGCUCAAGAACGACGACCCACAGGUCCAAUGUGACGGCCUAAGAAUAUUGGCAUCUAGAUUACAGAAAGUAGAAUACUCGCCAACAUCUGCUGGUGCCAACUUACCGGCUAAUGUACCGAACAAGAUGGAUUUGCUGAAUAUUCUGAUGGAUUUGUUGACAAGUAAUGAUCGGGAUAGAGCAGUUUACGAAGCCUUAAUGGGAUGGGAAAGUAUUGCAGGUAUUUUUAUGUAUAUCAUGGCAUUCAACUACUACUGCCCAACGCUUGUGAUUGCUGCACAUCAACGACUUGAAAAACCAGGCAAAAUCACUGAAAUCAAUCAGAUAUACAGUAAAGGUUUAAAACGCGUAAAGAUGUUUUUAAAGCGAAAUGAUCCCUUGUUGGCUAAACGAUUAUUGGACAUGUUGGAAUCACUCAAAGGCGAUCAAAAACUGUUAGAUGCAAGUGUCAAGCAAGACUUCUUAUUAAAUCCAUCCUACAAGCAGGCCUUGCAAUGUGGUUUAUUAGCUUGGAUGAACGAGAUCUUGGGAGAUUAUGUUGGUUUGGCAGAGGAUGAGGAUCCCGAGACAUUAAAAGAAGGUGAAGGUUUCUUGGAUGUUGUGAACGGUGGAUCGUGUGCUGAAGAAUGGUUUGAUUCCUCACAGAACAUCCAGUCUUAUGUCGCUUUUGUUAUUGGAUCAUUGUUGGAUACAAGCAGUCUGGAAGAAUCGUAUUCUUUACUCUGUAGCAUGGCCCAAAAAUUAAAAUUGGCAAAUCCUAGAGUAUUUGCUAAUGAGACCGUCAAUUCUGAAAAUCAGGUACGCAUUGAGAAUGCCUUGAUGCCACCCGUGAUUACAGACAAGAAGCCCUUGGCACGCUCCGCUCCUUUCGACGAUGAUUUGCACGUUGAGAAAAAACGACGUCAAAUCCCUGCAUAAUGAAGGAACCAAUACUGCGUAGAACUCAAACGAAUCAUAACAACAAAGAGAAGAACAAUAUAACUAUCAAUGCUUAUAAAAAUAGGAAUUACUGUCACCCUUGAACAAAUCACCGCAGCCAUUGCUAGCGACAUCAACACCAAUUAUAAAAACAUGGUUGCUAAACGAUACAAGACCUUGGGUCUCACUCUUGUCA